UCACUUCCUUGAAGAGCCCACCGCUUAUUUCCUCUGUCCCACAAAACCACACCUUUUCUACCUCCACCUUGAUUCUGUAGCGACUCCCCACCCAGACUUCAGCCUGGCCGGAACAACCAUCCCAGCUAAGGGGGAGGAGGACUUCCUCACGCUGGCCGCGUCUCGGCUCAGCCGCAAGAAGCGUGUGAUCGGGGCUGGAGUUGGCGUGGCCAUGGUUCUGGUCCUGCUCGUGGCCAUUCCCCUAUUGGUCCACACGACCAAGGGGGGAGGGUCGGGAGGAGGGGGCACGCAUUACGAAAUGCUCGGGAGCUGCAAGAUGGUGUGUGACACUUUCGCCCCCCCUCAGGGAGAGCUGACGUCCGUCUCCCCGCAGCCCCCAGACUUCUCAAACCGCAGGGGCAAGCAGGGGUUCAGAGGGAGCCCCGGACUUCCUGGUCCUCCAGGUCCCAAAGGGCCCCCAGGAGAGCCUGGAAAGCCCGGUCCCCCUGGUCCACCAGGGCCUGGACCCGGCGGCUAUGGCCCCUCCUUCUAUAGUCCCAAAAUCGCCUUCUACGCCGGCCUCCGGAAACAGCACGAAGGGAGUGAGAUACUGAAGUUUGAUGACGUGGUGACCAACGUAGGAAACUACUACGAGCCCAGCACCGGCAAGUUCACCUGCCCUCUGCCCGGCAUCUACUACUUCACCUACCACGUCCUGAUGAGAGGAGGCGACGGGACGAGCAUGUGGGCAGACCUGAAGAAGAACGGACAGGUGAGGGCCAGCGCCAUCGCUCAGGACGCAGAUCAGAACUAUGACUACGCCUCCAACAGCGUCAUCCUCCACCUGGACGUCGGGGACGAAGUGUGUGUCCAGCUCGACGGGGGCAAAGUACACGGCGGGAACACAAACAAAUACAGCACCUUUUCUGGCUUCCUCAUCUACCCCGACUAACAAUAUACUCACGUCCUUUCACUCCCUCUCCACACAAAAAGCAAAAAGUCUCCUCUCCGUUAUUCAUCUAACUCCUGCUCCUUUAU